UUUGGGUUUGACCAACUCAACCCCAUCCCUCUUCCUCUCUUCUUCUUCUUCUUCUUCUUCUUCUUCUUCUUCUCUGUUUCUUUCUAUUAUUAUUAUUAAUCCUCCUUACCUUUUUUUUUUUAUUCGUUCCCAAAUCUUUGUUCCACUCUCACCUCUUCUCCCCCUUGGUUUGUUUGUUUCUCUUGAAGAAGAAUAAGUAGGAGCAGAGAGAGAGAGAGCCAUGGGGGUGUGUUUCUCGGCCAUUAGAGUCACUGGUGCUAGCAGCAGUCGGAGAAGUAGUCAGACGACGACCAAUCAUAACCGUACAAAAGGGUGCCAGAAGAAGAAGAAGGCUGCUUCUCCUUGUCCGAAUCCCAAGGCCAUCGAUGCCAAGCGCAGCAGAACCGGCUCCAUCCCCUGCGGCAAGCGUACUGAUUUUGGCUACCCCAAAGACUUCCACGACCAGUACUCCAUCGGCAAGCUACUCGGCCAUGGUCAAUUCGGCUACACCUACGUCGCCAUCGACAAGUCCAAUGGAGAUCGCGUCGCCGUUAAGAGACUCGAUAAGAGUAAGAUGGUUCUUCCUAUUGCCGUUGAGGACGUCAAGCGAGAGGUUCAGAUACUUCAAGCUCUUUCUGGCCACGAGAAUGUUGUUCAGUUUCACAAUGCCUUUGAGGAUGAUGACUACGUCUAUAUAGCUAUGGAGUUGUGCGAGGGAGGCGAAUUGCUCGACAGGAUCUUAUCCAAGAAAGAUAGUCGAUACUCUGAGAAAGAUGCAGCUGUUGUCGUCAGGCAGAUGCUCAAAGUCGCUGGAGAAUGUCAUCUCCACGGUCUUGUACAUAGAGAUAUGAAACCAGAGAAUUUUUUGUUCAAAUCAGAUAAACUAGAUUCGCCUCUAAAGGCUACAGAUUUUGGUUUAUCGGAUUUUAUUAAACCAGGGAAAAAGUUCCAUGACAUUGUUGGUAGCGCUUAUUAUGUUGCUCCCGAAGUACUCAAGCGCAGAUCAGGCCCUGAAUCAGAUGUCUGGAGCAUUGGUGUGAUUACAUAUAUAUUACUUUGUGGGAGGCGCCCAUUUUGGGAUAGGACUGAAGACGGUAUUUUUAAGGAGGUUUUAAAAAACAAACCUGACUUCCGUCGCAAACCAUGGUCAACAAUAAGCGACAGCGCAAAAGAUUUUGUUAAAAAGUUACUUGUAAAAGACCCAAGAGCACGGCUAACUGCUGCACAAGCUCUAUCACAUGCAUGGGUUAGAGAAGGGGGCAAUGCUACUGAUAUCCCUGUCGACAUUUCAGUUCUAAACAACUUGCGCCAGUUUGUGAGAUACAGCCGUCUAAAGCAAUUUGCUUUAAGGGCUCUUGCUAGCACACUUGACGAGGCUGAGAUUUCUGACCUCAGAGAUCAAUUUGAUGCCAUUGAUGUGGAUAAGAAUGGCGUCAUUAGUCUUGAGGAGAUGAGACAGGCACUUGCCAAAGAUCUUCCUUGGAAACUGAAGGAUUCACGAGUGUCUGAGAUCCUUCAAGCGAUAGAUAGCAACACUGAUGGGUUAGUGGAGUUCACAGAGUUUGUGGCAGCAGCUCUGCAUGUCCAUCAACUGGAAGAACAUGAUUCAGAGAAAUGGCAGCAAAGAUCAAGAGCAGCGUUUGAGAAAUUCGACAUAGAUAAAGACGGUUACAUAACGCCUGAGGAACUUCGAAUGCACACGGGGCUAAGAGGGUCAAUAGAUCCACUGCUGGAUGAAGCAGACAUAGACAGAGAUGGGAAGAUAAGCCUGCAUGAGUUCAGGAGACUUCUAAGAACAGCAAGCAUAAGUUCACAGAGAGUAUCAAGCCCUUCAGGGCGGCACAGGAAUCCUCGGUAGUGGAAAAAUGUAAACUAGAAGAGGAGGGAAUGUAAUUUGUUGGGAUGUGAUAUGUCUUAUCUUAUAUGUAAUGUUGGUUGUAAGAUAAAGUGGUAUUUUUUUUUGGUAUUAUUUUUUGUUUGGCGUUGUAGUGUUGUUGUUAUAAAGUACGUUGGUUCGUUCUAAAAAGGAAGCGAAACCAAAAGGGUGAGAAUCA